AUGCGCUUGGUCGUCGCCGUCGUUGCCGCGCUGCUUUGCCUCGGCACUGCGCAGCUGCCGUGCGCCUCGUACACGCCGCUCGAGGCGGUGCUCGAGACAUGCGUCUCGUACGACAUGCCGGGGCCUAACACGGCGCAUGUGUUUCACACGUCGUCGGCGAUCGCGAGCAGCUCUGCGCUCGUCGUUGUCGGCGGCUACUCGAUCAGCACGGGCCAGCCCGUGAUUACGAAUACAGUCCAAGUCUACAGCCCGUCGUCGCCGCAGACGGCCGUGUACCCUACGCUCUCGAUCGCGUCGGGCGGGCCCAAGACCAACACGCAGCAGUUUUUACCGGGUUCCCGCAUCGAGCAUUCGGCUAUCGUCUGGGAAGACGCCAUUUUCAUCUACGCCGGCACCAACACGGACAUCAUGGGCGAUCUCUGGCGACUCUGCGUCGUCGCCCCGUACACCUCGGGCAUCUGGGACCAGGUGCUGAAUGCAACGACGUACACGCCAAUAGCGCGCACGGGCCACUCGACAACCACGCUUCUCGUUAACGCAACGAGCAGCGUGCACCUGGUCUUUGGCGGCACACUCGCAUACUCUUAUGCCGCGAGCAAUGAUACCGUAUUCAUGGUGUUGACCAAGCCAAGUCCCGGCCUCGGGUGUCAAUCGGCGGUUCCGAGCGUGACGUGGCAGCCUGUGACGCUUUUACCCAAUACCUCGAGCCCGCUCGGCCGCGCGUACCACUCGAUGACACUCAACCGCGACGAGACAAGCCGCAGCUGCUUUGUCUUGUACGGCGGCCAGAGCCUCUUCAACAACUCGAUCUUUAACGACGUGUGGACGCUCUGCCCGACGCUGCUGUCGACGCAAGCCCGUGCUGAGCAGCAAACGUACGUCUGGACGCAGCUCGAGCAGCUCGGUACGACGCCGCCGCCGCGCUUUGGGCACACAGCGGUCGCGUCGUACACCAACCGCUUUGUCGUCGUCGGCGGCUCGUUUCGGUUCCCCAGCGAUUACAUGAGUGACGGUUGGGAGUUCAACUUGGCGCUGCUGCGCUGGCUGCAGCUGCCACUAGCUUACACCAACGGCUCACUUCUUAGUCCGCGCCGCGCACACUCGACUAACUACCUCAAUGCGACCAAGACACUCGUCAUCCUCGGCGGUGUCGGGCGGUACGCGCUCGUCACGGGCAACUCGAUUCAGUGCGCGUACACGUCGGCCCAGUGCGCAUCGGGGCUCGUUCAAGUCUACUGCAAUGCGACGGGGCAGAUCGUCUGCCAACCGUGCGCCGCCGGGUCGUAUGCAGCGAGUGGCGACGCUGCAUGCAGCACGUGUCCUCCGGGUACCUAUGCUGUCGAGGGCGCGUCAGCGUGCACGCCGUGUCCCCUCGGCACGUACAGCGGCCUCAUCGCCGCCCCGAGCCUCGCGUCGUGCCUCAGCUGUCCCCAGGGCACGUACUCGUCGAUUCCUCAAGCCACCUCGGCCGCCAACUGCACGCAGUGCCCCGCCGGCACCUUUGCGGCCCAAGCCGGGUCGGGCGCGUGUUCUCCGUGCAGCGCGGGCUACUAUUCGGUGGGCAACGCCACGCAGUGCUCCGCGUGUCCUGGCGGCACGUUCAGCGCGCCGCAGGCCCCCGCGUGCACCAACUGCUCGGCGGGGACGUACGCGCCGUCGAUGGCGAUGGACGCGUGUCUGGGGUGUCCCAGGGGCAUGUACAGCAACGCGUCUGCUCUCAGCUGCACCGCCUGCCCCCUCGGCACCUUUAGCGCCCAGACGCAGGCGAGCUGGGCCGGCUGCGCUGCGUGUCCGAUGGGGUCGUUCGGCGCACGCACGGGCCUCGCUAAGUGCUCCGACUGUCCUGACGGCACGUACAGCGCAGUGGUCGGCAGCGCUAGCGCCGUCAGCUGUGUGAAAUGCCCCUCGGGAACCUUCUCGAAUGCAAACACGACCAAGGCCGCGGCUUGCACGCCCUGUGGUCUCGGGACGUAUGCCAGCGCGACAGGCGCUGCGGGCUGUACACCGUGCCCACUCGACACGAUCACACUGGCGACAGCCGCCACCACAUCGACGCUGUGCGUGUCAUGCCCGAUCGGGUCGCAACGCAGCCUCGCGAGUGCAACGUGCGAGGCAUGUCCUCCCGGCACCCACCGGCUCAGUGCGACUGCUGGCUGCAUUUUGUGUCCCUAUGGCACGUACACGAGCUCGCUUGCGGACGCUCAAAACCCCCAGUGCAUUGGCUGCAGCCCCAUGACGUUUAGCAACAACGUCGGGUCCACGGCGUGUACGUCGUGUGCACCGGGUACGUACGCCUUGAAUCAGUGGGCAGCGUGCUUGCCGUGCUCGCCGGCGUGUCCCAUCGGGCGCAACGGAGGCGUCUGCUCGUACCACGGCACCUGCAGCUACGGCGGCUGCAGCUGUAGCGACGGCUUCUCGGGCGUGGCGUGCCAGACGCUCGCCCCGGGCCUCCCGUCAACGACGGCUGCCAAUGCAUCCGGCGUCCUGUACUUUGCAACGCCCAAUUGGACGCUGCUCUUCGACAACGUGUCGUCGAACGCGGUGCUCUUGGCGCGCGACGGAGGCUACCUCGGGACGCUCAGCGUCGUCGUCGCACUUGCUGGAGGCAAUGGCUCUGCGUCCAAUGGCGGGCUCCCGUCGAUGUGGGCGACGACAGUCACGUUUGCACCGCAGCAGACAUCGAUGAGUCUCUCGCUGCCCGUCGCAGCGAUCAGUAGCGGGCAAGGCUGCACCUCGAUCGCCCUCUCGUUGCGCAACCUCAACCUUAACGCUGGCGGUGCCUCGAACGUGUCGCUCACGGACAGCGCUUCGUUGACGCUGCUCGUGCUAGCCACGCGCGUUCCUACCACCGCGCUCCUGCAGGCGCCGUCAACUGCCAACGGAAUGAACGCGACCGUGCUCGUGGCCACGACGCAGAGCUCGAGUCUUUCGAUUUUGCUCGCGCUGCCCGCACCGGCUAUCGUUGAGACGUACUUGUACGUGGAUGCGAGCUUUGACCAGUCGUACACGCCGCUGUUGCCCGCGCUGCUCGCUGCCGUCCAGCAAAAGUACGAGGCGCAAGGCGUCGACUGGCACUUCGCCUCCAACCUCAAUGCGGCCUUGUCGACCUUUGGCUACGCGGCGAGUACGCUCCUCAGCGCGGUGCAAGCCAUCACGGUCGAUGCGACGAGCCCGUUCAACGCGGCGCCGCUCUUGGCCACCAACUUCUUAGCGUCGAUCCCGUGGAGCCCAGGUGCUCGGCGCACGCUGCUUGUCAUGACAAACGCUCCGUCCAUCAACACGGCAACGACAACGUCGAGCACGCUGCGGACAGCGUGCGUCGCAGCCAACGUCGUACCGCUCUUUCUCGUGCCGACGGCCAAGCAAUCCAUCUUCAACGGUCUCGUCCAGAGCUUUGGCGCCGUCGUCGGCUUCAACGUCAGCACGUUCCCAGCGAGCGCGUGGCAAGCCCUUCAAACCCCUUGCACGCCGGUCGCGAGCAUCAGUAGCACACCGACCAACAGCCUCCUGCAGUCGGCGGCGUGGAAUACCAACGCCGUCACGCUCACCUUUCGACGAGCAGUGCUCGGGUCGGACCCGGCGCAAAUGACGUCGCUCGUGACGGUCCUCGGGGUGGCCGUACUCCGAAUCUCUCAGCUCACUUUUUCCCCAUCGUGCGCAAACUCGGUUGCGGUGGCGCCGUCCGCGACGACGCUUGCCGGGUGGCUGCCGCCAGUGACGACACUCGCGUCUGCCCAAGCCAUCUGGACAGCGCAGUCGAGUGCAAGCAGCUUGGCGCUGCUGAGCGCAGCCAACCAAAGCCUCGUGCUGCAGUCGACGGCACUCGACCAAAACGCGAGCUACAGCGCGUCCUUUCCCGUGCAGCUCGAGCGCGGGACGCCCGUCGUCCUCGUGGGCUAUGUCAACACCAACAUUGGUGGCGCGAUGACGGCAGCCGCGUCCAUCGAGCUCGUCGUGAACCAAGCCCUGCGCUUUCCCGUGAGCCUCCCGGUGGCUUCGUCGAGCAGUGCCUUUGUGUGGCAGUUCUUUGCCCUUGAGGUCAGUCUUCCGCAGAUUACAAGCCAACUGCAGCUGGUCGUGAAUGCGUCCCGCGCCCUCGGCGUCGCCAGCCUCGGGCUCUUUGUCGAUGGCCCGUACUCAUGCAGCUGUGCGAGUGGCAACUACAUGCGCGCGGGCGUCUGUUCGCGGUGUCCGACCGGGUCGGCCUGCGCCGGAGGCAUCAAGCAAACGUGUACGCAGCAGACGUUCUCGUUUGGCGCUGCAUCGAGCUGCAAACCGUGUUACCCCGGCUGGACGUGCUCGGGUGGCUUUGCGACGCCGUGUCCUCUCGGCACAUAUACCCUCGAUGCGACAAGCUGCGUCGUCUGUCCCGCCGGAUCCGCGUGCCGCCAAGGCCUUCGCUCGACCUGCGGCGUCGGGACGUUUGCCCCGAGCGGCGCGCCCCACUGCUCGCGCUGCCUGCCAGGCACAUUCGCCAACGUCACGGGCUCGAGUGUGUGCUUGGCGUGCCCGCCUGGGCAGUCCUCCAACUACAUGCGAGACCACUGUCUUCCCUGCGCGCCCGGUGGCUAUGCCAAUGCGCCGGGCUCGUAUCCGUGCGUGGCGUGCCCCGCCAAUGCAUUUGCACCGUCCGGUCAGUCGACGUGCGCCGCCUGCCCUUCCGGAACGUGGACGCCGUCGGCCGGCGCGCAGCAGUGCGAACCUUGCCCGCUCGGUGUGUGCUAA